UUCGAUACAGAAAACAAAUUACGCAUAUUUUUUAGACUUUCCAACCUUAAAAUUUGUUUUUAAGUACCGAAAACAUGCAUUUUCCCCAUCAUACCUACUGUGUUAUUUUGGGCACAAAUUACAAAACAUUAACCCUACAUGAUUAAGCAAGUAAACUUCUAUUCAUACAGACAAUGCCAACAACUAUGCGUGGGAAGAGUCAAGCUACGACAACGAAGUUCUUCAGAUAGAUGAACAUGUAAAUUAAAACGCUUUGUAUAAAACUUGUUUAAAGCAUUGUAAGGAAUGCAAAACAUGUUUGGUGUGUUCAAAACAAUAGAAAACUAUAUAUGUAUAUAUAAAUCACCACAUACGUUUUAGUUUCGCUUUCUAGAAGAAGAAAAUCCAAAUAUUCAAAAUGAAACAAUUCCAAAGCAGCCAUGUGAACCAUCAACAUCACAAAGCUGCGACGAAGAAACUGUAUUUGUUCGAAAUCCACCCAACAAUCAACUGGAAUCUAGCUUUCAUCAGACCAUAUGCAUUCACAACAGCAAGGUUUACCUGGGAGACGUAAUCACUCACGUCUAUUCACCGUCCUCCCCAUUAAAUCCUGACAGUGGACCAAUAAGUAAGUGUAUAAUCUAUAGUUCUAUACCAUAAAGUUCGUAACCUCAUAAAGCAUUUUUCAAUUUAUAGUACAGUAUAUUCCAAAUUUUCAGUUCAGAAGUUAAAAGAAAAUCUGCGCUCCUAUUCCUUGGGGAUAUCCGAUUACAUAACUGACCCAAUACAGCCUAACCGCGUCAUUCGCGCUGUUUAGCUACAAAUGUCGGAUGCUUCUGUUCCUUUGACAAGCAAUUUCUUUGACGAGGGUCACUACACCAGACGACAAGAAGUUGCUACAACAUUUUCACCCCCACGCGGCGAUGUAGAUCUUACGGAAAUUUUCAAUCCUGUCAAUGUUAACGAUGGUGCAAGUGAACAGCCAAGAAAUACCGUGAUAAUAACUGGACAGGCAGGCAUUGGAAAAACCACUGUGUCGAAAAUGAUCGUCGGGUUACUUUUGGAUGACCGUUUGUCGGUUCCGUGCGAAUUUAUAUUCUAUUUAAGAUUCUCUGAAAUAGAUUUCACCUCCAAAAAGAGUUUGGUUAAGAUACUUCUCUUGCAUUCCGGUUGCGAGUGGUCCGAUUUCAAAGAGCAUGAAAACGUCAUCUACCAGAAGCUAAAAACAAGCUCAGGUGUUGUAAUAGUAAUGGAUGGUUUGGAUGAAUCAAACACCGACCGUUUCUCGCGCGACACACGAAGAUGUGACCCAACUGAUGCUGAAGACGUGGCGUCCCAGCUGAAAAACCUAAUGAGCGGAGCGUCACUUCCAAAAGCGAGGAUCGUGGUAACGUCAAGACCCCGUGAGUACCAAGCAAUGCAUUACACUUGCCGGCCACCCACAUUGUAUCGGGUGUUAGGUUUGGAUAAAGCCGCUCAAGCGGGGAUAGGUGAACAGAUUUGUGGAGAUAUGUGGCCAAUGGUACGGGAUUACAUUGAAAAGAAUCCACAAAUACGUGUUAUCUGCUACGUUCCUGUAAUGUGUAUUCUUGUCUUCCAUGUACUCGUUUGGAAAUUCAGUGACCCACGAAGUGCUGGCAAUUUUAACACUAUGACUAGUGUGUUGGAGUUUGCUAUUGGUUGGUACAUUAGAUCACCGCACGUCAAUGGCACUGUCGAUCUACGUAAGCUGUCCCUUCUCGCUUGGAACGGAUUCUUGGAACGCAAGAUCAUCUUUACUGAACAGGACUUGAGAAAUGCUGGUAUAGUCGAGCGAUGCGCCGAGUCUUUCAUCUGUACUACUUCUAAUGGAACGCAAAGCAAUUUGAGGGUGAUCCAUUGCGAUAAGAAGAGUUUUUUUGCCCAUCUCGUCUGGCAAGAGUUUUUCACUGCUCUUCACGCAAUAUUCGAGCUUAGUGUGCGAGAAUUCGAAGGAUAUAUUUGCAAGAUCCAACACCGACGAUGGCAGGUUGUCACCAGGUGCAUGUUUGGACUUUGUUGCAAGUCGAUAUCGCGCAGAAUGCGUAAUCUACUCGGUUCUAUAUCGUCAAGAGAUGUCACCCAGAAACGACGUUUGCUUGUACAUGCCGCCUGUACCUUACUAAAUCAGGCCUCUAACAUCGGCAAGCAAGCCAAACUUGAACGCAUUUUCCUAGUUUGUGAAUGGUGCAGAGAAAUGUGUUCAGAUGAGGUUACUGCACAAGUAGCUUCAAAUCUUCCUCUCCGUCUCACUUUCACAGGAGAUAUUCUUCCAAAUGACGUCAUGAACCUCCUGCACGUUGUCAGAGCGGCGAGUCACUCAAUCGUCAUCAACGUUGCUGUUGGCACUGUGUUCAUAUCCGACUCAAUGCACGGCCUUUUUACCAAUGCGUCUCAGAUGGAGAACGUGAAAAUGGAAAUCUUGUAUUUAAGCCGGAGCAGAAUUGUUGACAACGAUGCUGAAGCUCUAGCACUGUGUAUAAAAGAUGGGAUUCAAAUCUUAUGCAUCGAUCGAACUGAUAUUAGCGACAUCGGAUUCAGUUAUAUCAGCCAAGUUAUACAAGGCUUAGGCAAUCCGUUACAGCAGUUGAACCUGGCUGAGAUACACAUGACUGACGAGAAAGCCAUUCUUCUGUCGGCUUGCAUCCACAAAGUACAUACAGUGUAUGUGUGCAAUAGUAGAUUAUCUGAAUUCGGUCUCAUGAGGCUUGCUGAAGGAAUAAAGAGAAGAGACUACCCAAUGUCGGAGAUAAACUUUCGGGUAAACGUUGUAACAGAUGAGGCGGCGCGUGCUCUUGCCAGUUGCGUCAACAAUAUGCUACGGCUCCUCGUCCAUAAGUGUCACUUGUCGCUUACAGGCAUGAGAUAUAUUGCAAACGCCAUCAAAGAGCUAACAUCUCCGAUCCAGGAUUGGUACCUCUUCGAUAAUGACAGCGUCGGUGACGCCGGGGCAGAACUGGUAGCAUCUUGCCUUCAUAACAUAACUGAUGAAAUCAGGAUGGAAGGUUGUGGGGUGACUCUAGUGGGGAUGGCUAAAAUAGUAGAAGCUAGAAAUGCUCUUGAACACAAACCAGAUGUUUAUUUUGGUCACAUCGAAGGAAAGGGAGAAGUGACGCUUACUGAUUAGGACAGUUAAGGCAUUUCGAAACCGUUUCAGAUUGAUGCCUAUGCCUCUGUUAUGUUUAGUUGUUAACUUCUGUAUUUCGCGUUAACAUUGCGUAAAUCGGUUUCUUUAUAUAUGAAGACAAUAUAUAUAAGUGGGAACUGGUAAAACCAGCCUACUACAUUAAAAAUGCUAAUAAUUUAUGUAUUUUCACGUAACUGGCCUAUUAUUAGUUGUAUAAGCAUGUGUUACUUGUAAAAUUUGUUACAUGCAAUGUCAACCUAGAUAUGUGAAAGAAGUUUCCCAUAUACACAAGUGUUACGGUUAUUAUUCCCCUCCAUUGUGUUAUGUCACAUCUACAUCUAUACAUUAGCGCAUUCCAAAAUCACUCAUGCGUUUCGAAACCGCCAUUAUUCCAUUUCCCUUUGUUAACCGGAACGCUGAGUUCAAUGUAGCGAUAUUUAGUUCUGUACAGAACAGCAUUUUUCAAGCAUUAUUAAUCCAGUUUAAUCGCAUUGAUUUUGCGUGGUACCUAUGUUUGCUAUUC